AUGUCAGGUCCGCCAUCGGUAGAUCAGCCAGGCACAACUGACUUAUUAGACGAUAAUCUAGAAGAAAAGACCCUCGUGGAAGAAAAAGGAGAAAGUAGGCCUGCUACAACACAAACGCCAGUCGUCGAACCUAACUCACCGAGUAUAUUAUUUUCCCUCUCUUCAACCAUGAAGUCAGCCCUUUCCUCCGUUUUCUUAACCGCCCUUGGCCGUACUCUGCCCAUCAUCGGUAACGCUACUAAGACUGUCGCUACGCGUUCCAUAAAAAUCUACACUCGAACCGGCGACAAAGGAACAUCUGCUCUGUUCACCGGCGAACGUCGUCCAAAAACAGACGAGGUCUUUCAUGCCCUAGGUACCAUCGACGAACUUAGUUCCUCCAUUGGCCUCGCCCUGGCUCAUUUGGCAGAG